UAAUUAUGCUAAUUAACUAUUUUACUCUCUUUAUUUUAAAAUAAUUAAUUUGUAUAAAAAAAUAUAUAUCAAAAAUAAAAAUUUAAAUUGGACGAGUAUUUUGCCACGGAUGGAAUAUAUAUCAUAGUCAGAUUUGGUAUUGAUUUCUAUGGGGGCAAAUGGACAGAUUUAGACUUUCAGUAAUCCUAGCUAGGUGGCUAGGCUGCAACGUACUAUAUAUAUCUCAUAAUAUUUUCUCAAUCCGUUGCUUGUGCAUGCUAAAAUUAUACUCACAAGCCAAAUUUUUGAAGAUGCAGACUUCAACAUUUACACCAUCGAUUCUCCUUCCCGUUUCCCUCCUCUUCCUCCUCUUUUUCUCACUUCCAUCUCCAUCUUUCGCCGCCGGCAAAAAAUGCCAUCCCCAAGACAGAGAUGCCCUUUUACAGAUCAAACAAGCACUCAACAAACCUGAGUCCUUAAGCCCAUGGGAUACAACCACCGAUUGUUGUUCUUGGCCGGUUGUUGAUGAGUUCGACGACCGUGGCCGUGUCAUUUUUUGGAAUUGGCUUCAAGGAAAUCUCCGGCCAAAUCUCCCAGGCUUUCGGCAACCUCCAAGAUCUCCAAAAAAUCUACAUAGUAGAAGCUUCAAACCUCACGGGAACAAUCCCUUCCACCAUCACCCGCCUAAAUCGUCUAAAUUUCAUCCACCUAUCCGGAAACAAACUCUCCGGCCCUAUUCCGGAAUUCCUCGGAAGCCUCAAGGGUUUAACAUUAUUAGACCUAUCAAACAAUCUCUUCAGCGAUUCGAUCCCGAGUUCCCUUUCUAAACUUCCGAAAAUCAGCAUCCUUAACUUGGAAGGCGACCGGCUCACCGGACCGAUCCCGGAAUCCUUCGGGUAUUUCACAGGAGAAACUCCAGCACUUUUCCUAUCCAACAAUUUCCUCAGCGGCCCUGUUCCUGAGUCCUUAGGCUCCUCCAACUUCUCCUACCGGAUUAACUUGUCGUUCAACGAUCUCUCCGGCGACCCUUCGUUUCUGUUCGGGAAAACUAAGACGGUUAACUAUAUUGAGCUGAGUUCUAACUCGUUUCAGUUCGAUCUUUCCAAGGUGGUGUUUCCAGAAAACUUGACGAAUUUGGUACUGGAUCAUAACAAAAUCUAUGGGAGUCCUCCGAAAGGGUUGACUAGAUUGAAAUUAGAUCAAUUUGAUGUGAGUUAUAACAAACUUUGUGGGCAGAUUCCUUAAGGCGGCAGGCUUCAAAGCUUCGGCUCAUCGGCCUAUAGCCAUAAUAAAUGCUUGUGUGGUGCUCCCCUCCCUCCCUGCAACUAAUUAUGUAUCAUUUGGAAACUUGGGAACCUUACGUGGAAUAACUUUAUCAAAAUAAUUUUACAUAAAUUUCCAUACUAUGUAACAUUGUACCACAUGUUUGUGUAAUAAAAUCCGCC